AUGGACGCUGUAGAUCCGUCUCCUCUGCGGCAUUUUGUUGUAGCAAAGCGUUCGAUUACCUCCAUCUUUGAUCAGCUGCUGGACUUUGUGAAGGAUGGCUCCGCCUUUGUGGAUGAGGUGUGGCGCAGCGAUGACCUGGGUCAGGUGGCCGUGGAGGAGCAGAGUCUGGAGAUGCAGAGCUGUGGCACCAAACUGUCGACCAUCAGAGAAGUUCUGCUCCGGAGACACAUGAAGGUGGCGUUCUUUGGCAGGACCAGUAACGGGAAAAGCACCGUCAUCAACGCCAUGCUGAGGGACCGAGUGUUACCCAGCGGCAUCGGGCACACCACCAACUGUUUCCUGAGGGUCGAGGGAACCGACGGAGACGAGGCUUACCUCACCACCGAGGCGUCCAAUGAGAGGAGGAGCGUCGCUACGGUGAACCAGCUGGCCCAUGCCCUCCACAUGGAUCCCACCCUGGACUCUGGCAGCCUGGUUAAAGUGUUUUGGCCUAAAAGUCGCUGUGCUCUGCUGAGAGACGACCUCGUGCUCAUGGACAGCCCCGGGACCGAUGUGACUCUGGAGCUGGACAGCUGGAUCGACAAGUUCUGUCUGGACGCUGACGUCUUCGUCCUGGUGGGAAACGCAGAGUCAACGCUGAUGAACACGGAGAAACUUUUCUUCCACAAAGUCAGUGAAAGAAUCUCCAAACCGAAUAUCUUCAUCCUGCACAACCGAUGGGACGCGUCAGUGACGGAGCCCGAGUACAUCGAGGAGGUGAGGAAGCAGCACCUGGACCGCUGCGUGAGUUUCCUGGCUGAGGAGCUGAGGGUGGUCGGGCUGGACGAGGCUCCAGGGAGAAUCUUCUUCGUCUCAGCUAAAGAGGUCCUGAGCUCCAGGAUGCAGCAAGCACAGGGCAUGCCUGAGACAGGUGAGACAGGUGGCGCUCUGGCUGAAGGCUUCCACGACAGACUGAGAGAGUUCCAGAGGUUUGAGAGGACGUUUGAGGAGUUCAUCUCCCAGUCUGCAGUGAAGACUAAGUUUGAGCAGCACACGGUGAGAGCGUGGCAGAUCACCGAGGCCGCCAAAGCUGUGAUGGACGCCAUCAACAUCGCCUCUGCUGACAGAAAAAUCUGCUGCCUGGAGGAGCGGGAGGAGCAGAGGGACCGGCUGGACUUUGUCCGAGGACAGAUUAACCGUCUGACCGACAACGUCAAAGAGAGGAUCAAGACUCUGACUGAUGAUGUCGCUGCCAAGGUUGCAGCAGCUCUGUCGGAUCAGAUCCGGUCUCUUCCUGUUGUGGUGGAGGAGUUCAGAGCCGACUUCAGCCCGACACAGGAAACGCUGCAGCUCUACAAAACGAAGCUGCUGCAGCACGUGGACGAGAGGAUGGUGGGCUGUCUCGCUCACCGCUGCUCCCCCGGUGUCCUCAGAGACAUCGCCGACGCCCGGAGACACAUGAUCGACAGUGUCCGUCCUCUGCUGUCUCUGUCCGUCCAGGAGCAGCUCUCUGCUCCCUCCAGCUCCUUCGAGUUGACCUAUGACCUCGGCCUCGCCGCUCUCUGUGCGGAUUUUCAGGAGAACAUCGAGUUCCAGUUUUCUCUGGGCUGGACCGCCCUCGUCACUCGCUUCAUCGGAGCCGCCAACGCCAAGCGCGCGCUGAGCGGCUCCGACUCACGGGCGCAGGUGAGCUCACGGCCGAUCGACCUCAGCUCUUCAGAAGCUGAACUAAAGCGCUGGAACUUCCUGUUUCUCUGUGUCUCUCUGCAGGAGGGCUCCACCUUUAAGGAUGAGAUGGUGGUUUCCAUAGCAACGGGUCUGGUGUCCGUCACCUCCCGAGCGUCAAUGACGGUGCUGGUGAUUGGUGGAGUGGUGUGGCGUUCCGUGGGCUGGCGUCUCAUCGCUCUCUCUCUGUCUCUGUAUGGUCUCCUCUACCUGUACGAGAAACUCACCUGGACCGACGUCAGCAGGGAGCGCGCUCUAAAGCAGCAGUUUGUGGAGCACACCGCCCGCCGCCUGAGAGCCGUCAUCCCCGUCACCAGCUCCGCCUGCAGCCAGCAGGUGUACAAGGAGCUGUCGUCAACGUUCAGCCGUCUGACUGAGAGAGUCGAUCUGAGCGAAGCUGAACUGGAGGGAAACAUCCGACAGCUGAGCUUCAGGAUCCAGAGGCUGGAGAACAUCCAGAGGAGGUCCAAGGCCUUCAGGAACAGAGCCACAGAGCUGGAGACUCAGCUGGAGGCCUUCUCUGCUCAGUACCUGCAGGGAAACUGAACGGCGGUCUGCUGAUGAGCAGCGCCCCCUGCAGAUAGAAGCCGUCGUCACAGACCUGCGGUCAGUCUCAGGUCGUAGCUCAGUCCGGCAGAAACAUGCAGAUGUUUUCACCUCAUCUGUCAAACUGAGACCAGGAAGCUGCUCGAGUGUUGUCCAGCGUCAGCUCGUGUUCACAGGCUGUUUCCUCUCAGCAGCUUCAGAUCACAGUCUGUGAGGAGGAUCAUGUCUGCGUGCACCGACCUCCAUCACCUGUUCUCUGAUUCACACGAUGAGCAGCGCCCCCUGCAGGUAGAACCCGUCAGAGCUGAGGAUGUUACUGAUGAAUAAGCUACUGGUGCAAUAGAUGUUUUGUGUGUAAUGGAGCUGAAAUCAGUCCUGAAUGAGAGGACGGUGUUUAGUUGUAGCAGCAGCUGUAGCUGUACCUGUCCAGGUAAAGUCUGAAACACCUGAAGGCAGAGAGGAAGCAGCAGAUCUGAGCAACAGGCUCUGGUUCAGUUUGUGUGAUAAAGAAUAAAAGUACGAGCAGUGAUGGAAGAAAGACUCAGAUCCUGUGUCACAGUUACAGUGAAACUGUAAUAAAUGAUGUUGAACUGAUGCUUCAGUAUGUACGGGUCAUUCACUGCUUCCCAACCCAGGGCUCAGGCCCCUUCACGGGGUCACCAGAUAAAUGUGAGGGGUCGGCAGAUGAUGAUGUGAAACGUCAGAAGUAACUGAACCUUCAUGAAUAAAUGUCGAGCAGUAAAAGCUUCAGCUAUCACAGUGCAAAUACCUCAAAGCUGCUGUGAAGGACAAACUGUGCUCCCUGUCGGUCCUGGUCCCAGUCGGUCCCGGUCCCGGUCCCUGUCGGUCCCAGUCCCAGUCGGUCUCGGUCCCUGUCGGUUGAGUU